UUGUCUAGUGUUAUGCAAAGUUAAAGUAGCUAUAUAACUCCACUUAAAAAUAAUUAUCCAGCUAACUAGCUAGCAACCAAAAGAUGUCGUUUUACAGAAACGCCGUUUGGUUCGUUAAAGGACUUCAAGAAUACACAAAAAGCGGAUAUGAAGAAGCAGCUAAGCAGUUUAAUACUGGGGACCUGGACGUAAACCUGAGUGGCAGGUCUUUUGUAAUCACUGGGGCCAACAGCGGCAUUGGAAAAGCUACAGCCCAUGAAAUAGCAAAAAGAGGAGGGAUUGUCCAUCUGGUGUGUCGUAACAAGGAACGGGCACAGGAGGCGAAGGAGGAGCUGGUGGAACAUAGUAAAAACCAGAAUGUCCAUGUUCACAUCGUUGACAUGUCCAGUGCAAGACAAGUGUGGGAGUUUGCAGAGAGCUUCUCAAAAAGCAACAGCAUUCAUGUACUGAUCAACAAUGCAGGGUGUAUGGUAAACCAGAAAGAGCUGACAGAGGAAGGUGUAGAGAAGAACUUUGCUACUAACACUCUCGGUACCUUCAUCCUAACCACAGCGUUGAUACCAGCCCUGAAACAGGCACAGGACCCACGAGUGAUCACAGUGUCUUCAGGGGGCAUGCUGGUCCAGAAGAUGAAAGUAGACGAUCUGCAGUCUGAGAAAGGGACGUUCGACGGCACUAUGGCCUACGCUCAAAAUAAAAGACAACAGGUGAUACUGACCGAGAGAUGGGCGUCCCAGCAUAAAGAGAUCCAUUUCUCAUCAAUGCACCCUGGCUGGGCUGAUACUCCAGCUGUCCAGUUGUCCAUGCCUGACUUCCAUGCUAAGAUGAAGAACAAGCUGCGUACGGAGUCCAUGGGGGCCGACACAGUGGUGUGGCUGGCUGUCUCAGCAGUGGCCUCCAACCAGCCCAGUGGACUCUUCUUCCAGGACCGAAUGGCGGUGCCCACACACCUUCCGCUGGCUUUAUCCAGGUCCUCUCCGGCCGAUGAGGAGAAGCUGCAGGCAAUAUUGGAGCAGCUCGCACACAAGUUCAAACCUUGACCUCUCCUACAGCGGUCAAAAGGUUAUGAACAGACAGACCCUCAAGCCCAUGUGUCCGUUGACAAACACUCCUCAUUAUAGAUAUGCACUGUAUAAAGCGGACAUAGCAGUAAUAUUUUUACAACCAUUUUCUAUUUAUGAUGAUCUGUAAAUUGAUUGCUUGCUAUUGCUAAGAUCAAAGUGUAGCCACACAGAGCAUUUCAGUGGCUCAUGUUUCGGGUAGAGGCCUUCACUGGUCGUUCUGAAAUGGACCUGGGGUUUUCCCAUCCAGACCUGAAAUGCAUAAAUUAGUAAAAAUAAAUAAAUAUAGAAGCCCGUUCAGUACAACUAGACCCGUUCCGUAUAGACCUGGUCCAUUCCGAGUAAGACAAGCAGCAGAAAGGUCCAUUUUUAAGCUACUUUAUUAACUGGAGCAGAUAAAAAGGGGAGGUAGAGAGAGGUGACGCUCUAGCAGGGGCUGUGCUGUGUGUGUAGUAGUCUGCUGUGAGUGUGAGCGAGUGACGUGGGGAGGAGGGAGAGAGAAACCGCAACCAACCAUCGCUGACUCGCGCUGUAGUAGAAUAAUAGCUGCUAUUGCUAGGUUAUUUAUCAUCCAAUAUGAUUACGUAGUACCUGUCUUGACUGCACCAAACCGGGAGAAGAUAGCUAGGCUAAUUGAGGCUGCAUGCACUUUCUCGUCCUACACAUUUACAAACAACAAUGCCUCCAGUCCACAGGAGGUUGGUGGCACUUUCUCUUCCUACACAUUUACAAACAACAAUGACUCCAUUCCACAGGAGGUUGGUGGCACCUUAUUUGGAGAGAACAGGCUCGUGGUAAUGACUGGAGUGGAAUGGUAUAUAACACAUGCAGCGGCAGUUCUAGCUUGUAUGGCUUGCCCCCCCCCCCCCAAAAGCACCAUUCUGCACAAACACAUUUUUUAUCAUUUGGAACACCACAAAUACAUCAUCCUAACAUUUAAAACUAUAAAUAUACAAAAAUAAGACUCAUGAAUAUCAAAGACGAAUAGAAACCAAUUGUAGUAUAUAAAUAGAAAAUAAAAUGUAAUUAUUACCCUAUUGCUAACAAAAAACACAAAUAAAACAAAAUUGCACAAAUCCUAUUUUACACAAAUAGAAUAACACACUUAUAAAGAGGAGAACCUGAUUAUUGCACUUCAAACAAUAAACACACAAACUAAAUUGCACAACUAGUUGUAUUAGUACUGUACAAAGUUAGAGGUGUGCUAUUUGAUAGGGGGAGCAGGGGAAUCUAUCUCGGGCUUCCAGUAGGGAGACCUGAAGUCAACCUACCUCCGCCCCCUCCCCAUCUUGUACUUCUGAGUGUGAAACCUUCCCAGGCAGUUGCCUGCCUAGCUCACAAACUAGAAUCAGGGCACCCACUCCCACACGGUGACAUAUCAUUGACGUGACGUGCAAAUGAGUGAUAGAAAACCAUUUGUGCAAAUGUCACCAUUCGGAUUAUUAUUAUUAAAAUAAAAUUGUGCGGCCGCCCCUGGCAAGAUGCUGGCCAUAUCGCCUAUGCCUAAAUCCGCCACUGAACACAUGGUUUCCAGGUGUUUGAUGCCAUUCCAUGCUCUGUUCCUAGUGGCGGUUCUAGACCAUUUCAACUGGGGGGGCCAAGCUGGGGCCAGUUACAUUAGAUGUUAUUGUCAUCGUUUUCUUCACUGCAUUGCAGGCAUUAGCAGGCAAAAGACCAUGUUCAUAAACAGCAUCGUUGCCACUGUCUAAUAACGGAUGUAAAAAAAGAACAAUAUUUAGGGGGGCCACAAGGGGGUCCAAAAUUGUUGUCACGCCCCCCCCCCCCCCCAGAACCACCACUGUCUCUUCCGGCCAUCAUUAUGAGCCGUUCUCCCCAAAGCAGCCUCCACUGCUCCAUUCAGAAUAUAAAGUAGCAGCCUACCUGUGGACUCUUCGUCGUUGUAGCCUAUCCUUCUCCUUUUAACUUAUUUACAUUUUAAUUCAAUCUUCUAUUGAUUAGGUAUCGCCUAACUUUUGCCCCAUGCGGAGGCUCUAUGACUGUAGCCUAUUACCGCUUUGAUUACUUAUGAUUGGCCAACAACAAGCUACAUGUGCCGGUCUCGUGAAUAAAUUGUACCAUUUCUCUCUCUACUGCAGCAGUCGAGUUCAGGUCUCUAUGGGUCAUUCUGGACAAGUCAGUUAACAUUACACAUAACCCGAGACCAGUGACAAUCGGAUCCAACCCAGACCCGUGACAUUAUUUCAACUUCUGGAUCUGGACCCGUUCGGGUCCUGGAUCGGGUAUCAGGAAUUCGGGUACAGGGGGAUCCAUGAAGACCUCUAGUUUGGUGUCAUUUGAUGCUUCAUAAUGUUUUACACCAUACUAUUUCCCUCAAAUUCUUCUACAAAGGCUUUUCCAUUAGCUUGAAUGUUGCAUACUACAUACAGUUCAGUACGAAUACAGUACAUAGUGUUUACGUCAGAACUUCUAUGGAAACUGGACCUUCCAUUUCAGAAUGUGCUCUAGCCAGGCAGCUGGUUUAGGUUGAUGGAUGAAUAAAUCAUGUUUUACUCAGAUUUAGCAGUGUAUACCAUCCACAGCAUUUUUACUCAAUCAAAUUUUAUUGGUCAUAUACACAAAGGUUUUCAUCAGGGUUUAACAAGGGCUCAUGUUCAAAGGUGCUUCUGGCUGUUGUCAGCGGUAAUAGUGUCAUUACAACUGUUUUGUAUUCUGUUAUUAUUAGUUUACUGUACAACCAAAACAAACAGUCAGUCUUUAUAUUUGACUUGUCCAGAGAAUCAUUGAGAUACUGUUCUUAAAGCUACAUGUUGUUUGUCUUGUUUUACGUGGUUUAGUACUUUGACAUACUUUCUUUAAAAUUAUUUUAUCCUUGUUAAUCAAACCAGGACCUGUGUGCAGAAAUGUGUUUUAUUAUUAAGAGCACAAAUAAAGCCAAGGCUAUUGAGCUUUUUAUUAACAUACCACUGUACACACUCUAGUGUAGAAUGUCCAGUGCAUUAAAGACAGUUAAUCAACUUCAAGUAAAUAAUAAAAGGCACCAAUAAAUAUUUAAAUCUUAUAUUUUCAGCAUGCCUUCUAAAAGCUUGAUUUUUGUCAUGUAAAUUACUUAUAAAACAUAGUUGUGUGUGUAUAUAUUUUUUUGUGGGGGUGGGGGGUUCUUUAAGCUAACAUGAUAUGAAACCUUAAAUGGAGUGCUUAAUUUAAAGUAAGUAAGUCAAUUAACUUCAAUAAAAAGUUGAUCAAAUCAA